GAGAGGUAUGGGACAAGUGGGUGGAGCGGUUGCCCUACCUCUACAAUCCAGGGCCUGACGUAACAGUGGAUGAGCAACUGGUUCCAUUUAGAGGUAAUAUGUUUUCAUAUUUGUAAUAAAAGUGAUUUUUACUAUUGAUUUCUUUGACUGUUUUCUGUGACACUGAUACUAAUCACUGAUGCUAAUGUCUUUUGUCCAUAGGUCGUUGUCCUUUCCGGCAGUAUAUGCCCAGCAAGCCAGCAAAAUAUGGGAUCAAGUCAUGGGUUGCUUGCGAUGCCAAAUCAAGCUAUGCUUGGAAAAUGCAAGUCUAUACUGGGAAGUCAACCAGUGGAUGCCCAGAGAAGAACCAGGGGAUGCGAGUUGUGCUUGAUGUGACAGAGGGACUGAGGGGUCACAAUGUGACAUGUGACAAUUUCUUCACCUCUUAUGAACUCGGACAGCAGCUCCUAAAGAGGAAGAUCACCAUGGUUGGUACAGUUCGAAAGAACAAGCCUGAGCUCCCACCUGCACUGCUUGCGUCAAAGGAGAGAGAGGUCUUCUCCUCAAGGUUUGCCUUCACACCCACCACCACUCUAGUUUCCUACCUCCCAAAGAAAAACAAGAAUGUAGUUCUUCUGAGCACACUGCACAAAGACAGCGACGUUAGUGAUCGUGAGGACAGGAAGCCAAUCAUAAUCCUGGACUACAACCGCAACAAAGGAGGCGUGGACAACCUAGAUAAGGUGAUUGGGACAUAUAGCUGCAGAAGAAUGACUGCACGCUGGCCCCUGGUCAUCUUCCACAACAUCAUUGAUGUGUCCUCCUACAAUGCCUUUGUGAUUUGGAGAGAGAUCAACCCAACCUGGAUGUCUUGUAAGCACAACAAGAGGAGGGUGUUCCUGGAGCAGCUAGGAAAGGCACUUGUAACUCCACUCAUUGAAAGAAGGAAGCAUGUCCCCCGCACAGAAGCCUCAGCAGCAGUUGUGAAAGCUAUUCAGAGUGCAGCAGCUCCUGAUCAACCUGAGGAUCCAUCUACCACAGCCACUUCCCCAGCUAGGGUGUAA